UCCCUGCAUACUUCUAUAUGUGGAUACAUAUAAUCACGUCAAAAUCCAUCAUGGGGUAAACAGCCCGCAGUCUUGAAGACUCAUAAGCCACAAUCAGCUGUUUGGUUUAAUGAUAGAAUUGAGAUUAAAAAACUGACAGGUUGCUAGCCCAUCCAUCGCAUAAAAAAGUUCCAAGUUUAUAAGCCUAUCCCUUAGUCGCCUUUACGACAUCCAUGGGAGCAAGAUAGAGUGAUACCAUACUUCUUUUACAUUAUUCACAUUUAUUUCUUCAUGCCUUCAUGCCAGCUCAUCAAUUUUGGGUAAUCUUUAUCUGACCUUUUCGGCAGAAUGCAUGCAAACUGAUCCAGGUAUGUUCACCUAGUUCAUCAUUCCCACUUCAACAUCAACAUUCCAAUUCACAAUAACAAUUUUGGUUCAUACAAGACAGCUCAAAAGAUUUCAUUGAAAUUUUCGACAUAGGCGCAUAUGGGGAAAAUUAAAUUGAUCAUGGGGGUCCCACAUCCUGGAAAAUUCAUUCCUCCCAUUUAAAUACCCCAUAUAGAAGGUGGUCGCCAGAGAUCAGUACUUUCGACGUCGCAACCGCUUUACUGAAAGCACAGUGGUGUGACUUUUCAAGUCGGACUGCCUGGGUUCGAUUCCUGGUAAUACUUUUAUAUUUGGUUUGUGAUGUGUAUCGAUUUUUUUUACUCCUUUUUUGACGUCUACAGAACACCUUUCGGUCACCUAGUUACGUAUUACUUAUACGUCUAUGUAAAUACACGUCUGUUUGUGUUCCCAUUGGGGUAGGCAGAGGCAAUGGAUUUCCACUUGCUACGAAUCCUCCUCUAAUCCUUCAUUUUAUGCAUAGGCAAUCGGUAUUUUAUAUAAACUUUAAUAUCCUGGGUAGGUACCACUCUGGGUACUUUCAUCUCGGGAAAAUGUACUGAUCCGUGGGCUGUAUAUGCGGUUAACGAUAUUGCGCAGGGCGAAGCCGCGGCCAAAACUAAUAGAGCGCGCCUGAGGUCGGCUAUGAUUAUAGAUUUGUUUAGACUCAUGAGAAUUAAUUUCUUACCAUCCGAAGAGGUUUAUCAUACAGAAGAUGGUAACAAUAAUGAAUGAUGCGUUUGAAUGUUUUCUCGCUCGAGCGAGCGUAUGAGACAGACGUGUCGCUUUAUUUAAAUUAUUGCAAAAUUACUAACAACCAAUUUCAAACCUAAAUACGGAGAAAACAAAUCUCUUUUCCUUUAAAUAUUUAAGUGUGUUUUGUGACCAAUUAUUUCCGAGUAAUAAGUGCCGUCCGGAGUCGACGACGCGUGAGCGUGAGUAAUCAAAACCAUAGAUAUACAAUGAGCGUUCAACGAUCACCGACUGGAUGUGGCAGUGGCAAUUCAAGACUUGGUGGCUCUCAGCCAAAUUUGUCAGAAAUGAAUAUUGUGUGCGCUUGCGACACCCCUACCAAUAUCACCCAUCGUAAUAAACGAAAAGACACCGAUGACAAUGAAGUUCUCAACGGUGAAUAGUUUUCCCCGUUUUUUUCACAUUUUCCAUUAUUUCUUUGCUCCUAAUAGUUGCAGCGUUAUGUAAUAUAGCCUAAAGACUUCCUCGAUAAAUGAUCUAUUCAACACAAAAAUAAUUUUUCAAUUCGAACCAGUAAUUCCUGAGAUUAGCGCGUUCAAACAAACAAACAAACCCUUCAGCUUUAUAAUACAUAUUAGUAUAGAUACGAAGGUUAAGUUUAUUAAAUUUACUCUAAAGCACCAAAAUAAAUUUCAACGCAAUUUGGCAUUAAAUAGGAUAUAAUUUGGAUUAAUAAAAAAUACUUUUUAUCCCUGCAUUCUUAUGGCAGUGGAGCCUCAGGGCACAUUCAGUUGACAGCAAAUAUUUACUGUAGGUACUUAUAAUAGGGAAGAUGCAAAUAUGAUAUUUAUGAAAAUUUUACGUAUAAAAUGUUAAAAAAAUAUAAAAGAAGAACUUCUUCAACGUUUUUAUUUUAAAUUAUGUUGAUUUUUAGCAAUUAUUACGAAUUAAAAUUACGUUAAACGAAACGCAUUUCAAAACACCAAUCAGCGUUCAGUGACGUCACUAGUGCUGUGUCAACUUUUAGAAGUUAACUUUGCGAUUAAUAGGCAGUAGUGCUUUAUUUACGUAUUAUUUACGUUUUUAAUAAAAAUGGAAGUUAGAUUUAAUAAAACAGACUCCAAAAAUUUACCAAAAAAAGUUUUUUGUCGUGAGUGCAGAGUUUUCAAGUGUAGAAAUGAAAGGCACUAAAUUAGUACGGUCAACGAGAGAAUCUUACGGCGAUAACGCAAUCGGUUAUGUGCAAAUUAAAAGAGAUGGAGAUGGAUUAAUUAUGUACAGUGAAGUCGAGUUACUCCAGAGCACAAAGUACGAAAAGAAGGUUAUCGUGUUACAGCUGUAAUAAAUGAAGCACAAAGCUUAGUUCUGUCCUGCCAAUGCGAAGAUUGUGCAGCUUCUGCAGGUCAAGUAUUACGACAUUAAUGAAUAAUUAAACUGUUCAAAAAGAAGAUUAUUUUAAAUGCUAUGAGGUAUUUAUUAUCAUGACUAAAACUUUAUCAUAUACAGGUGGGUGCAAGCAUGCUGCUGCACUAUUGCUAUGGUGCACAGAAGGUCUGAGCAGCCUCCAAUUACGUCCGUCACAUGCUAUUGGAAGAAGUCGAAAUUAUCUACAUGUGCUUCUGGAAAAUCUGUCAUAAAAGCCAAAGAAAUGGGUCAAGUUUCAGUCAAUCACAGUUUCUCUCAAUUAAGCAGCUUUUUUAUUUAAAGAGAUUGAAAAGAAGUUAAAUGUGUGUUACAAUAAUAACUGCAUAUUUUUAGGUGGAUAUUUUAUAAGAAUUUGUAGAUGCUGUCAAUAAAAAAGAUUGUCGGGGAAGUAUUCUUCGCUACUUUCAAUAAGACAAGCAUUCAUAAGGUAUGUUCAAGCUUGAUUGGAAAGUUGGACUCUCCAGAAUCAUUUCUUGAAUCAUUAUCAAAGCAAAUGACCACUGAUAAUAUAAAUAUGGUAUUUUCCACCACCAAACAUCAAAGUGAUUCACCAAUGUGGUUUGAGUUGAGGUACGGCAGAAUUACUGGCUUAACUCUUUAUGAAGCCGCUCACUGUAGAACUAUAAAUGGUUCCCUUCUGAACGCAAUUAUGGGAGACAAUUCAAAAUUUACUUCCAUUGCGAUGAGUAGAGGGAAAAUACUAGAAAAAAAAGUUCUCAAAGUAGUAAGCAAGAAAGAAAAGAUUGAAAUUGAAGAAGCUGGACUACUUCUUAAUGCCGAGUAUCCUAUUUUUGGAGCAACACUUACUGAAAAUUAUACAACAGAAGUCAAAUAUCCUUCAACCGAAGCUGCCAUACUUUCCUAUGUGAAAUACAAUAAAAUAACACCAAAAUGUUGUGUGCCAUAUGAUAACAGCAUUGUAUCUGUAAUGAAUAUUGCAAAGAAAUUCUGGAUAGAUGCUGUAUUUCCGAAAUUAAAAGAUAUAUGUAAUAUAUAAGCACAUUUUUUUGUUUUUCAAAUAUUUCAUAAAUUUAUUAAAUAAAACUAUGCUUCGAAAA